UUGGCGCUUCCCUUUUUUCAAUUUUUCUCUCUUAAGAAUAAAAACUCUUACUUUAUUUAAUCUUCUUCUUCUUCUUCUUCUUCUUCUUCAUUUCUCCCUGUUUCUCUCUUCACAAUUUCAAUACCCAAUCGCUGUGGACCAACCCACGGUCAUAGUAGAUUCUCAGGUCUGGCCGGACUACGCACCAUAGCCGUUCGACUCGGCGGCACCGGCACCGGCGGAUUUUGGUACUGGAGGAAAAAAAAGAGGCGGAACCGGAGUAAAACCAAAGUUAAGCAUCGGUUUAUGGAGCUUUGGCACAAGAUGAUUUUCCCUGUCCGACGAGUUUGGCUCGCUGUUUCCUCUCGUGUUAGGGCUCGGAAAACUGGAGCUGGACUUCUGAAGCUUCAUGAUGAUGUAGAAACAUGUGGAUAUGAAGAUGUGAAGGUGAUGUGGGAAAUGCUACGUCGAUCAGAGUCGGAGUUGGUCAGUCACCAACCAAAACGCAAACAGCGACCAUUUUGGAGAGUCUCCGUGUGGUCCAACCAUGCAGCAGCAGCAGCCUCUUCUUACACUGCAACUCAUGCUUGAGUCCAUCAAAUGCAAACACUGUUCAGCUCAGCUUCAAUUCUGUGCCAUCUCUUUGGUAUCUUCAACCUUUUGUUUUAAGAAAAAGAAAAGAAACUAACAGCCAAUGCUUGCAAGGCACAGAACUUUUUACCAAACUUGUUCAAAGAAAUGUGAAGUCUUUGGCAGUUCAUCGCUUCCACUUUGAACAGAAAAAACACACCCUUUUUGUAAGUAAUAAUAAAAUUUUUGGUUUUGUAGCUAAGAAUUGUUCCUCAGGUAUAUUGGGUUGGGUUCAAAAAGUUAUAUGAGAUCACUUGUAGUUUAUCAUCUCUUCAAAAUGAAAAGUACUUUUUUAAGAAGAGCUGAAAUGAAAUCCAAUCAUAAUUUCAUCA